CUUGCCUUGACGGGUGAGGCCCAAAGCCAGCGGCCCCGCGGAGGCGGGAGCCGGGCCAUGGCUGAGGCGGCUAAGCCCAGUGGCGAAUCGCAAGGCGCCGAAGUUAAAACCCAGCAGCCCGCGGCAAAACCCGUCAGGGGUCCACCGAGGCACGGCCCGCACUCGGUGCUCAAAGUGUCUCAGCUGCUGCUCCGGGCCAUCGCUGCGCACAAAGGGCUGACUUUGGCAACCCUCAAGAAGGAACUUGGAAACGCUGGCUACGAAGUGCGCAGGAAGAGUGGCCACCACUGGGGCGAUAUUCCCAAGUCCGAGGUGAAGGGUAUGAUCCUUAGGGUCAGUGGCAGCGACGCCGCCGGCUACUUCAGGAUCUGGAAGAUUCCGAAGCCGAAGAGAAAAUUGAGAUGCCCAAGGUUGGAGGAGGGUGUCCGCCCUGCGAAAAGGGGCCCACGGAGGCGUCGCAUGCAACGCAGGGCAGCCAAGAAGGCCAGAGACACAUGGAGACGGAACGCGAGGCUAAAGGAGAGGGCAAGGAGGGUGAGGCCAAGAGCCAAGGACCAGGUGCGUGUUGGAGCCAAGGAGAAAGCGAGGGCCAAAGCAGUGGACAAGGGGAGAGGACGAACCGCGAAGGAAGACCCCAGGCCUACGUCAGGAGAGGAGAAGAGGCCAAGCUCGAAGCCCAGGGAGAAGCAUGACCCCGAAAAGCCGGUAAAACGGACCAUCCAGAAGCCAACCCCGCUUAAAACCAACCAGACUUCCAGUGGUCAGGGAAAGACUCGCACAAAGACUUCCACUAAAUCUGAAGGCCCUCGGGAUGCAGUCGGGAAUUCACGGUGUGGGAGCAGCUUCCCUUCCUCCAGGCACAGAUGCCUUUCCCCCAUAGGCUCGAAUGAGAGCAGCUCUCACACUCACUGAAAAUGGACAAAAGU